AUGGAAAACAGAAGGUUUAAUAAGCGAGAGAUGUGCGGGUUCCACGGGACGGUCCGUGGGACAUUGCUCUGUAGUCGAGUGAUGGGAUUAUUGCCUCUCAGUGGGCUUACUUGUCCCACUAGCCAUAAGCUGAGGUUUACGUUUCGCUCUCCGUACACGGUGUUCUACGCGAUCAGUCUCUUUGGGCAGGUAUUGAUGUUUAUCAUGAAUUUCUGUUGGGUUGUGCUCAACGGCAUCUCCUUGGCAAAUAUGACUAAUUCAAUAUUCAACACGUCCAGUCUAGUAUCAGUCUUGAUACUGAUGCAUAUUGGUCGUUCGUGGCCUACUCUAGUAGCAAAGGUGGAGGCUCUCGAAUGCAAGCUGCCUCCGUUUACCAGAAAUGUUGGAGCCAUGAGUAAUAUUACCAGUAUAUUUAUUUUCACUGCUGCUGUUGAUGAAGCCGGCAUUUCCUAUCUGACUACUCUGAGAAGAAAUGCCGAAACAAACUCAGAGAUUUUCAACAUCCAGUCUACAUUUGUUUGGAGUUACAACGACUUACUGAUUAUGAUCAUAAGUAUAUACUUGACGGAACAUUUGUUAGUACACAAUGAGCUGCUGAAGAAAGCCGUGGAGCAGGAACAUUUUCCCUGUCAAGUAUUUCGCUCCCAAUACUUGAAGAUCGUUCACCUUGUGAGGUUAAUUAAUGGCCAGUUUGGUAUUUAUAUCCUGACCUCAUUUGGAAGCAAUCUGUACUGGAUCUGUACUCAACUCUUCUAUAGUCUCAGUCGAACACAGACGGGACAUUUUAUCGCUUGUACGUUCAAAGAGCCGGAUGGCGCGAAUGCAGAACACGUGUUUGAUAAUCAUCCUAUAUGUUCUUGGAUGUUGGAUGACAGACGGGCUUUAAAUGGUCUGGAACAUUCUAUUUACUUCACUUAUUCGUUUUCAUUCCUGUUGGUACGUACAUUGAUGGUGCUGCUUCUGGCUGCGAGGAUCCAUUCUAAUUCCAUAGCACCAUUGUAUGUGCUGUACGGGAUCCCAAGUUCUAGGUUUCACGUUGAGGUAGAAAGGUUUAUAGCACAAAUAAACAACCUGAAAGUGGCAAUGAGUGGACUGGACUUCUUCUAUGUAACAAGAACUAUGAUUUUAACCCUUCUUGGAACAAUCGUGACUUACGAGUUGGUAUUGUUGCAGUUCAACAGAUUACUGCCUGUAAAUCAUAGUGAUGAUUUUGACUGCACGGUUGGUGCGAUGGCUGGGCAACUGGCUGCCGUGCAACGUGUCGCGGGCCCGAGCGUACGGCGCGUAGCGUUCCGCGCGCGCCUCAAAGAGCCAAUAGACCACCACAGACGGGGCCCUAAAGGGCUGAUGUUCAGCCGGGGUUGCGGGGUAAGCGCAAUAAGGUACCGCGACCUCGGCACAGAGCAGGAGAAGGAACAGGGGGGUUUUUAG